UGCUACAGCCAGCUCUUCAUUAACAAUGAGUGGCGCAAUGAAGUCAGUAAGCCCUUUCCCACAGUCAACCCUACCACAGGAGAGUUCACUGGACAUGUGGCUGAAGGAGACCAGGCUGAUGUAGACCUGGCUGUGAAAGCAGCCCGGGAGGCCUUCUGUCUGGGGUCACCAUGAUGGAUGCCUCCAAAUGAGGCUGGCUCUUGAACUAGCCGGCUGACCUGAUGGAGCAGGAUCAUGUCUACUUGGCCUUGCUGGAGACUUUGGACAUUGGGAAGCCCUUCUGAGAGUCUUAGGCCUUGGAUCUGGAUGAGGUUAUCAAGUUGUACCGCUACUUUGCUGACUGGGCUGACGACAAGUGGCAUGGCAAGACCAUCCCCGUGAAUGGUGAGCAUUUCUGCUUCACCCACCAUGAGCCUGUGGUAAUCUCUUGGAACUUCCCCUUGGUCAUGCAGGGCUGGAAGCUCGAUACAGCACUCGGCACAGGCAAUGCUGUGGUUAUGUAGGUUGCUAAGCAGACUCCCCUUUCUGCCUUGUACUUGGCCUCCCUUGUCAAAGAGGCUGGUUUUCCCCCGGUGGUGGACAUCAUCCCAGGCUAUAGUCCCACAGCAAGAGCAGCUAUUGCCCGGCACAUGGAUGUUGAUGAAGUUGCCUUCACUGGCUCCACUAAGGCUGGCCACCUGAUCCAGAAAGUGGUAGGCGAUUCCAACCUCAAGAGAGUCACCCUGGAGCUGGGUGGGAAGAGCCCCAGCAUUGUGCUGGCCGAUGCAGACAUGGAUCAUGCUGUGGACCAGUGUCAUGAAGCCCUCUCCUUCAACAUGGGCCAAUGCUGCUGUCCUAGUUUUGCCUUUAUUGAAGAAUCUAUCUAUGAUGAGUUUCAUGGGAGAGCAGUGGAGAAAGCCAAGGAGAGGAAAGCUGGGAACCCUUUUGAGCUGGAUACUCAACAAGGUCUCCAGGUGGUCAAGGAGCAAUUUGAAAGAAUCCUUGACUACAUCCAUCUUGGCCAGAAGGAGGGAGCAAAGCUUCUUUGUGGUGGGGAGCAUUUUGGGAAGCACAGUUUUUUCAUCAAGCUGACAGUCUUUGGAGGUGUGCAGGAUGACGUGAGGAUUGCUAAGGAAGAGAACUUUGGGCCCAUUCAGCCUCUAUUCAAGUUCAAGAAGAUUAAAAAAGUGAUUGAGAGGGCCAACAAUGCCAGGUACGGGCUGGCUGCUGCUGUGUUCACACAGGACCUGGGCAAGGCCAUGUACUUCACCCAGGCCCUCCAAGUGGGAACUGUGUGGGUGAACACCUAUAACAUUGUGACCUGCCACAUGGCAUUUGGGGGCUUUAAGGAAUCUGGCAAUGGGAGGGAGUUGGGGGAGAAUGGGCUUCGACCCUACAUUGAGGUGAAGACAGUCACCAUCAAAGUUCCUCAGAAAAACUCGUGA